UGGUCUGACCGUGUUUGAACACCAGACACACCAGCAGCACCGAUGUCCAAUCCAGGUUAGCUCCGUCCCCCCGGUAGAACCAGUCCUCCUCUCCUCCUCUCUCCUCUCCGCCCCCCGGUAGGCUAAUGGAGGCGUAGAGCAGCGGCCGCGCCGUAUAAAUGGGACGGAGAGCCGACCGCCUGUAAUGCUGCGCCGGGUGCGGCAGUCUCUCCGGCAGGUGCUGUUUCUGAUGGCCCGGAGACCGGGGCUACUCUGCGGGACUAUCGUGCUCGGCGUCCUGCUCGUACUGGCCGUGAAGUUCACAUGCAGCCGUGCUAAGAAUGUGGUGGCAGCAGCUCGGCCUCCGGUGCGGUUCUUCUCUGCCGAGGCCCCGGUAGUGGACCUCUACUUGGGUCAGCUGGACCAGGUGGAGCGUCUCAGGAGUGUGGCGGAGGUAUCUCUCAUCUUCUUCUAUGCGCCGUGGUGUGCUCACUCGAUGGCUGCCCGGCAGGAAGUGCAGCAGGUGGCUAAGAAGCUGGCCAAACAGGUGCAGUUUGUGGCAGUUAACUGCUGGUGGAAUCACGGGAAAUGUAGGAAGCAAAACCGCUUCUAUCAGUACCCGAUCAUCCAUCUGUUUUAUAGACGAUUUGGGCCUAUAGAGUAUAAGGGUCCAUUUGUGGCUCCAUAUGUGGAAAGUUUUAUCCUCAGAGUCAUCACACCGCUCACUUACCUCCCAUCAAGAGCCACACUCGAAGAGUUCCUCUCCUAUCACGAGCCUCGAGUGGUGGGUUUCUUCCAAUUUAACUCCUCUCCUCAGCCGCCGGGGUACAUCACAUAUCUGUCUUCUGCCCUGCAGGCUCUAAAGAGGGAUUUCCGUGGUGUUGUACGUUUCGGGGUUGUGACCAACAAACAGGUGGCGGAGGCCAUCUCAAUAAAAGAAGAUGAAACAGUUUAUCUUAAGAGAAAAUUUAACUCCUCUUUGAUUUUCCCUCGAAGGGAACGCAACUUCACAUCACAGGCCAUCUGUAGCUGGGUGUUUGAACACCGCGAGACCGUCCUCCAGUGGCUGCAGCCUCCAGGAACAAAGUCCCGUCUCCUGGAACAUGAGCUGUCUAAAGGUCCGGCACUGCUGCUGUUCCUGCCGCACAAUCCACUCGGGUCCAAACCCAAUCCCAUACUACAGCAGGUUGCAGACAUUGCUGUGCGUUAUCAUUCCUGUUACAACAAUAACCACUCCAGCCUGGACAAAAGUAUUACCUCUCACUUGCUGUGCUGCCAGUCAGUUCUUCUCCCAGAGUCCAGUACAAGUGUGUGUGAGUUGUGCCUCAGUUUGUCACCAUCGAGCCUGAACAGCUCCGCUGUACGCUGCUCUUUCUCCUCCACGACUCCGGGAGGAGACGUGUUGCAGUCCUAUCUCCGACACUGCUGCCUACACCGACUACCUGCUGUGUCCAUAAAAACCGCGACCUCAGUGGGCUGUAGCAAUUUUCUGAGCAGCUACAGCCCAUUUAGUCAAUACAGUGCCUGCUGCAGAAAAGUAGAACCUCAACUCAAUGAAUCACAAGCCAAAGAGGAGCCAGAUGUGCAAAGAGCUCCCUUUAUACCUCCUCCUUCUUCCAUCCCUCCACCCUCUGCCCCUCGGCAGGGAGGAGACGGCAUCACAGGGCUGCGGUGUCAGACCAACAAGACGCUCAGGUUUUACGUGCUGGAUGUUGCUCUGAACUGGCCUCUGGCGGUGAGGCUCGGGGCAACAGGCAACAGAAGUGUUUCUCCCCACCAGGAGGCUGGAGCACAAGGCGAUGGGUCAUUUGCAGCUAUUGUGAACCUGAAGGACGAAGUUCAUUAUGUUCUCCACCGCAGCCCAGCAGCCACGCUGACUGAGUCUCUGGAGGCCUUCAUCAGGAACUUCAGUGCUCCGUACAGCCUCUUGCAGAGACACUUGGUGGGAGAAGAAGACAAGAAAGGAUGGGAGGGGGAAACCAAACGUCCAGACCAACACCAGCACAAACCUCCACGCCUCCUCAUCACAGAACUGACCACUUCAUCCUUCCUGCCCUCCGUCAUGGACCUCCAAAAGGAUGUGCUGCUGUUCUACUACACUCAGUGGUGUGGAUUCUGCUCUGUUCUCAACCACGUCAUCAUCCAGCUGGCCAGACUAUUACAGGGAAACAGCACCAUCACUGUGGCCAGGGUGAAUGUUGCCCGUAAUGAUCUUCCGUGGGAGUUCAUGGUGGAUCACGUUCCCUCUAUUCUUCUCUUUCCCAAAUACAGAAAACACUUCAGUGUGAAGUUUCCUGACGACCUGCCCAUCACGCUACCCAACCUCCUCCACUUCAUCCUGCAGCACUCUGGCUCUGUACAAUACGCAGACAAACCAUCGGCAGCUUCUAGCGAGGCAGAGCAUCCAGGACUCAGUGCCAUCCUCCGUGCAGAGUUUCUGGCACUCCAGCAAGAGGUUGAAGCGCUGCGGCGCGCUCGCGAACGUCUGUCCCAGCAGCUGGCGCAGCUGUGGCGCGACAACCGGCGACUGACAUUUGACGCUCUCAGCUUAGAAGCCCAGAACACGGAGCUGCAGAGAGAAAGGCAAAGCUUAGAGGAGCAGCACCGGGAGAAAAGCCGGCAGCUCGGGGAGGCGGUGAGGCGGCUGGAGGAGCUGGCAGACACCUCUGAGAACCUGCUGAAUGACAACACACUGCUCAGGGUGCUGCUGAUGGCGCUUAAGGACAGGACAGAGGCUAAAGAGCAGGUGGAGGUGGAGAGAAAAGAGGCAGAACAGAAAAGAAGCCAUAUGGCCUCCUGACCACAAGUCUGCAGGGAGUCCUGAGAGCGACGCAGAGGAAGAAGAAGAGAGAGGAAAGAGCGCCAAACGAAGGAGGACUGUAAGUAGACCUGAGAUGUGGUGAAACAAGAGGGCAUAAUGAAGCCUCAAUGAGGAGGUCAUGUAAAACCCAAGAGGCAACAUGACCUGAUCAUGUUGUCAUGGAAAAUGAGGAUGAAAUGACAGCUAUGAUCUGUCAGAAGAAAAUCUAAGACUGCUGCUAAGUCAGGACAGAAGGAAGGAAACACUUAAAAUAAAGGUGGAUAGCAGGUAGCGAGGGAAACGGCAGUGUUUGUUAGAGUCAGAAUACUCCAAGGUGCUACCGUGAUAGUGGUCUUAUCCACUCUUAGGAACACACUAAUAUGGGAAUUCAGUGCCAACUGUGCUUGCAAAAAUGUAAUUUCUGUUGAAGACUUAACCUCAGUUAAACGUACUACACAGACCCUGCAGCCCAAUUCUCUACCUUCCCUGAAUUACCGUCAAUUCUCGUACAAAAGCGAUGUUCAAAUAAUAGAGUGCUCCAGGGAUGACGUAUUUUUGUAGGCCAACCAGGAAGUUAGCAUCGCCCUGGUUCCCUUGACAAAAAGCCGAUGGGAUUUUUGCAUUGGGUUUUGGAUUA